UCCCACCCGUCUAUCGCCCCCCCCCCCCUUCUGCCUCUUCAUCUUCCCGACGUUGUGGAAUCCAAAACGCCUGCGAUCCACCGCCCGCACGUUAACUUUCCUCAACGACGAACAACGACCACGUACGACGACCACGUUUCCUUCUUCCCACAUUCGGCCGCGCCUAAACCACGGACCACGAGGGGCUCGCCUUCCAAUCGCCAACACCACCGACGACAAAGACAACGACAACAACGACGACUGACUGCCCUGCGCGGCUCCAGUGACACUUCCGCGAUCGAACGCCGUGUCCCCCUUAGCGUGCGAGACUCUCUCGGCGCCCAGAACGUUCGUUCACCCGAUCGGGCAGCGCCUCUCUUCUCUUCACACACGUAUUCGAUCGUGACGCCUUCGCCACGUCGCGACGAGAGCAGCCCGCACCCAGCGACCGGUGACGACACACGACAAGUGCUCUCGCGACACCCCGUCGACAGACCGCCUGAUUGUCUCGGAACCUCGUUCUUAUUUUGCGACACCGAUAACGCGCGGCCCCCGCCGCAACUUGUCCGGGCAAGGUUGCUCCGAUCUCUCGAGCCUCAUCGCCUUGGGUCGCGGCGACAAUCCACGUCUACGACCAACGACGUCCCAUCGAGCCCGCGUCCGGGACACGUCCUCCAUGGCCGACAUUCCAUAGCCCCGUGUGAAUCGUUUCUCCAUCCUUCGUGCUUCGCGGCGGCGCCCGUUGAUUGGCGCCCAGGCCAGGCUUCUCUUCUUGAGGAGGCGGCCCCCUCCUGGGCCCCCGACUCACCAAAGGUAGCCAUGGCCUCCCUCACGCUGACUUCGGCGGCUCUGACGGCCGCGGCGACGUUGUGCACCACGACGCUCGUACCGGCCAGCGGAUAUGUCACCAUGGACAAUGGCCCGGCCUCCGUCACCCUAGCCAAGGCCAUUGUCUACCAGGUCCCGUGCCCGACGGCCAAACCUCUCAACGCCAUGGCCCUCAUCUCGCCAGAGGGUUCCGGGGACUCGAGUCUCAAGUUCCACGACCCCCAUCCGGACCCCCGCGUGUCCGACUUCCGAGACCCCUUUUACGCCUCGACGUUUCCCAUAUGCUACGCACUCGCCGCCACCACCGUCACCUCGUACAUGCUUCUCAUCAUGCUCUUCGUCACGCCGCGCUCCUUCCUCGACGGCGGCGUCGUCUACCUCGGCCGCCGGCGCGGCUUCACCCACACUUCGGCCGGCGCCGAGAAUAUUGGCGGCCGUCCGUGGCUGCAAAAGGUUGCCACGCUGACCGUCGCUGUGUCGCUCACGAUAGCCACGCACGACACGUUCAAGAUUGCGCAGCGGCAGUACCAAUGGGGCGCCCAGAACGCCACAGUGAUGCAGCAGGGCGUCAUGGGCAGCACCGAAAUCAGAGUCAUCCGCCUCAUCUCCAACACGUUCCUGUGGCUGGCCCAGGCGCAGACCUUGAUUCGCCUGUUCCCGCGCCAUCGCGAAAAGGUCAUCAUCAAGUGGGCAGCCUUCGCCCUCAUCACUCUCGACCUCAUCUUCAGCGCCCUCACCAGCUUCAAGGACAAUGAUAACAGCAUCAACCCGAUGGCGGGCAGCUUUGAUCAUCCGAUACCUGCGUUGAGCUAUCUCUUCCAGCUGCUACUCGGUGUGCUCUACGCCGCGUGGGUUAUAUACUACUCACUGAUGAAAAAGCGAUAUGCAUUCUAUCACCCUCUGAUGAAAAACAUGCCACUGCUGGCCAUCAUAUCACUUUCCUCGAUCCUCAUCCCUGUCGUCUUCUUCAUUGUGGAUAUUUCGAAACCCGCACUGGCGUCGUGGGGUGACUACGUUCGCUGGGUCGGCGCCGCCGCCGCCAGUGUCAUUGUGUGGGAGUGGGUGGAACGGAUAGAAGCCCUGGAGCGGGAAGAGAAGAAAGACGGCAUCCUCGGCAGGGAAGUCUUUGAUGGGGAGGAAACGCUCGAGGUGAAUGCGUCCGAGUUUCCCUGGUUGCGACAUCGGAAGCACCACAAGGACGAUCGGGGCGGCGGUGGCGGCGGCGGCGCCAACGGCGCCAACGGCGAUGCGAGUUGGAAUGCGGGCACUCAGAACGGCAACGCGACAUCUCGCGACCACGGCAUUCUGCGUGGCGGUGGGUGGCCCGGGGUAUCGGUCGCAGCGGGAAGACAGCGGAGCCACACGCGUGAGCCGCGAAGAUCAGCCGACCAGCCAGCCCAGCAACGGACAACUGGUGGCAUUCUGCGGCCUCCAUUGUGGCCGAGUCGUCCCGCGCCGGCGGUGACGCCCGUGAGCAGGACCGACACGCCGAGCGCCGCGAGCACCGUCUACGCGGUCCGGUAUCAGGGCACUUCGGAUGCCACCAACAGGACACCGGACCUACCGACCAGGACGCCAGAUCCGUCCCCGCCGCACCAGAGCAUAGCGGAUCUCUCACGGCAGAACAGCAGUCCCCAGAACCAAGCGGUCGGCGACGACUCGAACGGUGCGAUGGCCACACAGAACGGACACGUCAUGUCGUCUGCUCCGCCACCGCCACCUCCUCCUCCGCCGCCGCCGCACCCGCUUCGGGCAAACAGAUUCGUAGACCUAGAAGCGAAUAGUCCAGCACCGUCACGGUCCGGCCGGCGGCGAGCGCAGACUCUGACGUCCCACGGCGACGACGAUUCGCAGCCCGACAUGGCUAGGCAGGUGCCAGAUUCGCCCAUCCGGGUGCGAGAAGAGACUGGGCGAUGGGACUUCAAGUCGAGGCUGGAGAUGUUUGCAGCAAAUCAAGCGGACAAGAUGCGCGAGAGACUGCGGCCAUCGACGGAGACGGUGGACCUACCAACGCAGUACAUACCGGCGCCUCCACGACGGGGCGCAGCUCUGCAACAAGUGCUCGAGGAGGGUGAAUUGAGCAGCUCAAGUCUGUCUCACUCUAGAACCGGAGAGGGCCACAGCAAUGGAAGCUCGGGGAGGCGUGGCGCUGGCUCCGACGAGAUGGCACAACUCGGCCGACAGGACAGCUCGACCAUGUCUGGAUCGCUCGGCCGGACGGCAGGGGCAAAUCCGCCGCUCUGGCCAGGGGUGAGGCGGCGGGUCCCGACGUUUGAGGACGACGACGAUGUCUACUCAUACGAUGAUGAGGAUGAGGGCUCACUGACCGAGACGGCGUCGAUGGAGUCGGAGCGGCGCGACUCGGACGAUGAAGUGGGUGGGCACGUGCGCGCUGCCGGGGCGGAGCCGGGUACACGAAGAGGCUGGUGAAGAUGAUGGGGGGUCUUUUAUUCGGGCGGGAGGCAGCAUGUAUGACCAUUUUGGCUGAUUGAUUGCAUUUGUGAGCGCGGCGUUUGGGCCUGUACGCCCGGGACACGGGGGGCAUGGAUGGCAUGACAUGGCAUGGCAUGGCAAAGGCGGCCAAGAUGCGGAACAGUAUUUGCUGUAUGUACGUAUGCGCGCCCUGAAGGAUUUUGACCUACAAAUACAUGGCUGCAUGGAUUGUAGGCAGGGGCCAGAUGCAAGUGUGCAAUUCAUUCUUGACACGACGAUGGGCCUGGCGUGUACCGAUCCGAGUGAUUCAUGGCAUGGCAGGGCAUGGCAGGGC